AUGGCGAGCUCAAACGCACGGAAGGCGUCGACGCCGUCCAAAGGCCCUUCUAGUGCUAAACCAUCCUCAGCGAAGCGCAACAAGAGCAUCUUGAGUUUUUUUCAGAAGUCGGAUGGUCCGGCUGGUGCCACCUCAUCCCAGUCUCGAAUCACCCAAUUCGUUACGUCUUCCCGCUCCCCGAGCAGCGGCCGAGGAACCCCGACUGGGAAUGAUUCGGCAAAUGCACUGUUCUUGGAAGAUAAGAAGGGACUAGCCAAGCUUGAGCAAGCCGCGACAAAGGCUGAGACAAACGGCCGAUCUCGAUCACGAACACCGGAAGAUAUUUGGGGCGACGACGGAUUUUUGAAGGAAGACGACCAGCGAUAUAACGAGAAUGGCUCUUCGUCGAAGCGCAGAAAAGUGGACUCGCCAACGGCACCGGUCAAGACCGAGGAUGUGCCGAAGCCAACUACAUUCUCAGCCCAAGUCCCAGCUGCAACCAGCGGGCCAUUUAUCGAUGAAUCGGAUAGUGAGGAUGAUAUGGAAGCAUACCGCGAACUGGAUGAAACGUCUCCCGUCCCUGCGACUACAAUACAUGGUCAACUAUUCGCCCUUGAUGACGACCCGGCCAUGGACCCUCCUGCCGAACAACCGCCAGUGGUAAGAGAAGUCACGAGCCUUACCGAUGAUGAUGAAUUCGCAAAUUUUGACUAUCUUGAAGAGGACGAGCCAGUAGGAGAAGAGUUCCGAGAGCGGCCAUGGGAAGAUCAGGAGGGGCUACAACUUGACGACGAUAACGAUAUCGACGAUAUGAACGGGACUGUUUCAACGACCGAUGCCGGCAUGACAUGUCCAAUAUGCCAGGAAGCGCUGGCAGGACUCAACGAGACAGAUGUCUCGGUUCAUGUAAAUGAUUGUUUAGACGGCAAAUCGAGUUCUACAAAUACGCCCACGCCGGCGCCUAGAUCGAUCCCUUCGCCGAAGCCAGUCCCGGUGCCCCCGGAUCCAAAUAAAAGCAUGACGCGAAUUGAACGUGCUGCCAUUGCCCGGCCUGCGCAGCGCGACCCAUAUACACAAAGUACCGCCAGUGCACGAUCGGCUUUCUCGAAGUUAAUGGCCGGAAAUGCAGAGGAUACUGCCUGGGCCGCAGCGGCUUCCAACGAGGUGUCUUCGCGUGGCAAACAGGCGUAUCAAAGGACCUGCCCGUUCUACAAAAUUAUGCCCGGAUUUUCAAUAUGCGUGGAUGCUUUUCGUUUCGGGGCCGUGGAGGGAUGCAACGCCUAUUUUCUCAGCCACUUCCAUAGCGAUCAUUACGUCGGAUUGAGCAAGUCCUGGUGCCACGGACCUAUUUACUGCAGCCGGCCGACGGGCAACCUUGUUCGACAGCAGCUCCGAGUCGACCCUAAAUGGAUUGUGGAUCUGGAUUUUGAAACCACUUUCGAGGUGCCGGACACCGGAGGAGUGCAGGUCACGAUGAUACAUGCCAACCACUGCCCCGGAAGCUCUCUAUUUCUCUUCGAAAAAAGCUUCGGAGAUGGACCGAAUGCUCGACGACAACGGAUCCUCCACUGCGGCGAUUUUCGUGCCUCUCCGGCACAGAUUGAGCAUCCACUGCUCCGGCCUGACCCCAUUAACCCGGCGACAGGUCAGCCGCGACAGCAACGUAUCGACCAGUGCUACCUCGAUACCACCUAUCUCAACCCGAAGUACGCGUUUCCCAACCAGGAGGACGUGAUUACGGCUUGCUCAGAGCUCUGUGUCCGCCUCAAUCAGGAGGCUGGAGUGGUGCUCGACUCGGGGAGCAAUGGGACGGGCGUUCUCAUGAAUAAGUUCCUGUCAUCUGUGACUGGCAAUGGCCGGACCAAGGAGCAGCUGUCGAAGAACAACGGUCGCCUGCUCGUGGUCAUCGGCACCUACAGCAUCGGCAAAGAGCGAAUUUGCCUCGGCAUUGCGCGUGCUCUGGGGUCGAAGAUCUUCGCCACACCACAGAAGCAGCGAAUAUGCAAGUGUCUAGAGGACCCGGAGCUUUCAUCGCUUUUGACCAGUGACCCUAAGGAAGCGCAGGUGCAUAUGCAGACGCUGUUUGAGAUUCGGGCCGACACUUUGGCAGAUUACCUGGACCCGCUAAAACCGCACUUCUCUCGGGUAGUCGGCUUUCGCCCCACGGGAUGGUCGUACCGGCCCCCUGCUGGCCGAAUGUUGCAAAACCCUCCGGUGCCCACGGUGCUGCGUGGCGAACAUUGGAGAACGCCGUUUACGGCACAGGACUUGACCCCGCAACGCGGAAGCACGCGGGAGAGCGCGUGCUUCGGGGUACCGUACAGCGAACACAGUUCAUUUCGGGAACUCACUAUGUUCUGUUGUGCGCUACGGAUUGGGCGGGUAAUUCCUACGGUGAAUGUGGGCAGUGCGAAGAGCCGUGAGAACAUGAAGGCGUGGAUCGAUCGGUGGGAGGCGGAAAAGAAGCGCAACGGGUUGUUUCCCGUGGCGGAGUGGUGA